AAAUGCAUUUAACAGCAUUGGUUAUAUAACCCAUUACGAAACUCAGGGGUUAACAUGGCCAUAGAUAACCCCAGCCCCUUCAUUGUUUACUCCACCCACUGUCUCAUAUUGCCUUGCUUGCCCCACCUUAGUCCACUGGUUUGGGUUCAGCCCUGUAUUAGCAGCAGUGCAUAUGAUAGGACUUACAAAAACAAAACACUGGCUCUGAAUCAGCCGCUGUAAAACCAACAUGUCAGCACACGUCUUCACAUGAUCCAGGGGAGGAUCUCUUCCUGUUUUGUAAGAGACUAAUCACAACUUCUUCUCCUAGGACCACCACUUCAGCUCAGUUGUUUUAUGCAACAGGUUCACUCCAGUCCCUACGUGAGGGCCUGCAACACACCUGCACAACAACAGCCGUCAGCCUCCACCAGGAAACAGGAAUUCUCAGGAACCAAUCUACUCUCAACACGGACGUCAGAACUGACAGACUUUCAGCAUGGUCAAACGGGUGGCUGUGAUCGGAGCUGGAAGUGGGGGCCUUGUGUCCAUCAAGUGCUGUCUGGAUGAGGGGCAGGAGCCCGUGUGCUUCGAGAGCACCGAUGACAUCGGAGGACUGUGGAGGUUUAAGGAGAGCCCCGAGCCUGAGCACUCCAGCAUCUACCGUUCUCUGGUGUCCAACACCUCUAAGGAGAUCAUGUGCUUCAGUGAUUUCCCCAUGCCUGCCGACUACCCCAACUACCUGCACAAUGCCCAGCUGCUCCAGUACUACCGGCUCUAUGCACAACACUUUGAUCUCCUGAAAUAUGUUCAGUUCCAGACCACAGUACGCAGUGUGAGACAGAGGCCUGACUUCUCCCGUUCAGGUCAGUGGGAAGUUGUUACUGAGAACAGGGACGGUCAGGAGGAGAGACACAUCUUUGAUGGCGUGCUUGUGAGUUCGGGGCACUACACACACCCAGUGACCCCAAUGGAGAAGAUCAAAGGAGCAAAGACAUUCCCAGGGAAAUAUUAUCACAGUUGGGAAUACAAGGACCCAGAACCAUUCCGUGGGAAAAGGGUCGUGAUUGUUGGCAUUGGGAAUUCUGGAUGUGACAUAGCUGUGGAAAUUAGCAGAGCCGCAGAGAAGACUUUCCUGAGUACGAGAAAAGGUGGGUGGAUUUUGGGACGGAUGUCGGAUAAUGGCCUUCCCCUGGACAUGGUGAUGAUCAACCGCUGGAGCCUCCUGAUGCAAAGGCUACUGCCAAAGGCGCUGCUAAACUGGGUUACUGAGAGAAGGGUCAACAGCAAAUAUGACCACAGCCUGUACAGUCUGCAGCCAAAGCACAGGUUCUUCGACAGGCGUCCCAUAAUAAACGAUGAUCUUCCAGGGCGGAUCCUUUACGGAGCCUUGGCCAUGAAGCCCAACAUGCUGGAGUUCCGCGGGUCGUCCGUGGUGUUCGAGGACCAGUCAGUAGAGGAGAACAUCGACGCAGUUGUUUUCUGCACAGGAUACAGCCCGACGUUUUCCUUUCUGCCGCCGUCUCUAGUCACCGGCCCCCAGGGAGAGAUCCGCCUGUACAAGCAGAUGUUUCCCCCUUCACUAGAGCGCCCCACGCUGGCUCUGCUGGGGCUCGUUCAGACAUCUGGGCCAAUCAUGCCAUGCAUGGAGCUGCAGGCUCGCUGGGCCACCAGAGCCAUCGCGGGGUUAAGCCAACUUCCCUCUGAGAAGAAAAUGAAUGAGAUCAUUGAUGCUGAGAAGCAGAGAUACACUGAAAGUUACCCCAACCACGCUACAGUCCAGGUGCAGUACAUUCCUUACCUGGAUCAUCUGGCACAGGAAGUGGGCGCGAGACCCAACCUCCUCUCCCUGCUCUUCUGGGAUCCCAGUCUGUCUUUGAAAGUUCUGCUGGGUCCAUGCACACCGUACCAGUUCCGGCUGUUUGGGCCGGGUCAAUGGAAAGGGGCCCGGCAGGCCAUCUGUACCCAGUGGGACCGGGUGACCCAACCCAUGAGGACGAGGCCGGUACCCAGACUGAACCCUUCUCCGAUGCCGGGCUGGUGGUUGGCCCUCUCUGGUGGACUCACACUGGUGCUGGCUGUCCUGGCACUUCAGCUCAAACUCCCAGACCUUUUUGAUAACCUGUCGGAAGCUUUUGGUGAGGCUCUCGAUGAUCUGUGGAGGGAUGGGAUAGCACCCGUAGUUUAGAGCAAAGAUUUGAACAUUAGAGACAACAUUCCGUUCACACGAUUCAUAACGAUCAUUCAACUCCACACUUUCACACUGAAAAAGUAACAAUAAAACAUAAUCAUCACAUUAAAUAUCAAUUAUUGGCUGACACAAAGAAUGAAGACCUAGGUUUUAUGAUGCUGACCAAGUUAAAAAAUAUUCCACAAAUUGUCAAAUAGUGUUCUCAUAAAGGAUGGUGUGGAAAGUGGAUUAUUUUUCUAACUUUCAACCCAAAUUCAUUUAGAGAGAGUACUGUAUUGGAUAUACAGUAUGGUGAAGAAGUCCAGCUGCUUACUGUACGUCUAUUUCAAUGGAAAUUGAGAAAUAGUUCAGUGUUUGAAUUUGUCUUGUUUAGAUGUUUACCACGGAUCUCACAUGUCAAUGACAAUUACAUCUUUGGAGGAAAUGAUCCAAUUCAUACUGUGAUAUGCUUUUUGGUCUUUUUCUACAAUAACUAGGCAAUAUAAAGUAUUACUGUAAGAGAUGGCAGACAUCAGAAGCGAAGGCUGAACUUCCUCAUAUUAAAAACUAUGUUUUGUU